UUUCUUUCUCUCUCCCUCAUUGUCAUACAAACACAGCUCUCUCAAACCUCUACUCAUGGGCUCACUCAUGGUCAGAGCUGGGAAGAGCACUUGUUCUGGAGAGACUGGGGGAUCUAGACUUGUAUUUUCCCCAAAAGGCACCAGAUGAAUCCCACCUAGGGCUAAAUGGAAGAAUAACUCUGAACCACAGACUACAGACGUGAAGCAACCUUUCUCAGUGUGAUGGAAAUGCCUUAUGGUCCAGAGGUUAAGUUCAGGCCGGAUAUGGGCACAGCCCAUCCUGCACCCAGCACCCUGGCCAGAGGACAGUGGUCGAACAAAAUUGAGUUCCUCUUGGCUGUUGCAGGACAAAUCAUUGGCCUAGGAAAUGUGUGGAGGUUCCCUUACCUGUGCUACAAAAAUGGAGGAGGGGUGUUCUUCAUCCCAUAUGUCCUCUUCCUCUUUACCUGCGGCAUCCCCCUGUUUCUCAUGGAGACGUCUCUCGGCCAGUACACCAAUCAGGGAAGUAUAACCUGCUGGAGGAAGAUUUGUCCGCUUUUUGAAGGGAUAGGUUAUGGCAGUCAGGUGGUUGUUUUAUACUCCAGCACCUACUACAUCAUCAUAUUGGCCUGGGCUUUCCUGUAUCUCUUCUCCUCUUUUAAAUCUGAACUUCCCUGGGCAAGUUGCAGAAACAGCUGGAACACAAAGACCUGUGUGGAGUUUGAUCGAAAGACUGAUUAUUUGAACUGGACUGUACCUGAAAAUGCGACAUCACCAGUGAGAGAGUUUUGGGAGAGAAGAGUUUUGAAUAUCUCAGGAAAUAUCCAUGAGUUAGGCAGCAUACAAUGGGAGCUGGCUCUGUGUCUUCUGUUGUCCUGGAUCAUCUGUUACUUUUGUGUCUGGAAAGGAGUAAAGUCCACUGGGAAGGUAGUGUACUUUACUGCCACAUUUCCAUACCUGAUGCUGGCGGUGUUGCUUGUUCGUGGACUCACAUUGCCCGGGGCCAUAAAUGGGAUCAAGUUCUACCUCUACCCAGAUGCAUCCCGUCUCGCUGAUCCACAGGUGUGGAUGGACGCUGGCACUCAAAUAUUUUAUUCCUAUGCUAUUUGCAUUGGUUGCCUUACUGCGCUUGGCAGUUAUAACAAGUACAACAACAACUGUUACAAGGACUGUGUGUACCUGUGCCUUCUGAACAGUGGGACCAGUUUUGUAGCUGGCUUUGCCAUCUUCUCUGCACUUGGAUUCAUGGCAUAUGAGCAGAACACAGACAUAUCGAAGGUGGCAGAGUCGGGCCCUGGCUUGGCGUUCAUUGCUUAUCCUCGAGCGGUCGCCAUGAUGCCUUUUCCUCAGGUCUGGGCGAUUUUCUUUUUCAUUAUGAUCAUUCUCCUGGGACUGGACAGUGAGUUUGUUGGUCUGGAAGCCAUCGUAACAGCGAUUUCUGACACAAAUCCUGCCUUCUUCCACGUUGGCCAUCGACGGAAACUUAUUCUACUUACUAUCAGUGUUGUGAGCUUCUUCAUCGGCCUUGUGAUGGUCACAGAAGGCGGGCUGUACAUCUUCCAGUUGUUUGACUACUAUGCCUGCAGCGGGUUGACUCUACUUCUCUUUGCCAUUCUGCAGUCUGUUUGUGUUGGAUGGAUAUACGGUGCAGACCGGUUUUAUGAAAACAUAGAGGACAUGAUUGGAUACAAGCCUUUACCCCUGAUUAAGUAUUGUUUGAAAUAUGUCACUCCAGUUAUAUGCAUGGCAACAUUUGUUUUCUCCUUGAUCAAAUACACUCCCCUAAAGUUCAACAACACAAUCGAGUAUCCAUGGUGGGGUUAUGCCCUUGGCUUGUGGUUCACUCUUUCCUCUACACUCAUGGUUCCUCUAUUUAUGUUGUACAACGUGAGCACCACUCCCGGUACACUGCGACAGAGGAUCUCCAUCUUAUGUACUCCGUCUAAGGACCUGGGUUUGAACAGAUCAGAAGAGAAAAGACACACACAGGAAAUGCUCGACUUGACCUCAUGUCCUGACGGCAAAAUGUCCUAGUGACAACAAGCAACCUGGAGCAGCUUCAGAUUUACUGAACACCGUGAGGCAUAAGACAAAGCUUGCCUUCAAACCAGUGCCCCUGCUACUUUCAAAGGAUUUGUUUUCUCCCUGAUUUCUGAGCUGCCAGCCAAAAAAUGUAUUGUCUUUCACAUAAUGAUGAACAAUUUUCUUAGGUUAGGGGCUCACAAACAACAUAAAACAUACACUCAUGAAUGAUUAACAUAAAAUGACAUAUAUAAUAUAAAGCCAAUAUAGCACCAAACUAAGCAAAUCAGAAAGAGGAGUUUAGCAUUCACUUUAUUCAGAAAGUGCAUCUGUCUCAGACGUGUUCACGUGAACUCCCAUCGCUGACAAGGCGGCAACUAAUGAUUACUUACUCGAUUACUUUUACUUGAUUAAUUAUCAAUUGAUCUAUUGAUUUUUACUCGAUUCAUUUAGUUUGGUGAAAAAUGCACAUCACAAUUUCCUAGCGUUGACCUCUUUAGAUGUCCUAAAGAUGUUACUUUUACAAUAAUAUUAAACGCAUGAAAUCACAAAACAGCAAAUCCUUACAAUUCAUCAUUUAUUAGUAUUUUGUUGGUCAAUGGAGUUAUCUCUUAAUUGUUUCAAAUUGAAUUUAAAAACGUGUCGAUCGUGAAUGAAAAUGAUUCCAAACUGUUAGUUAUGUAAAGAAAAAGUGUGAGAAUAUCAGUGUGUUUUUUUUUUGUUUUGUUUUAACCAGGUAGUGUAACUGUUUGAAGUAAAGUAACACUGAUAAACACUUGCCAAUUAAGCCAUACAGAUUAAACACUUGAGUCACUUUUAGGUCACUGUGAAUGAUGUACAUUUAAUUUCAAAUUGUCAAUAUAACGACAUAAAGUAGUGACAUGAAAGAGGAAAGGUUGUCCAGCACUAAGAGUCGGACACUGAACAUAAGUUCAUGUACUGCACACACAGGGAGGAAACAAUUCAGCGUCUACAAAUGUGUGUUUGGUGUUAGAUAAAUUGAAAACACCAGUGAGACGGAUUGUGAUGAUUUAAGCACCAAGUGCAAAAAAGAGAAACAUGGAGCAAACCUGUCAGAAUCACUAACACAGCUAUGUAGAUCAUAUUUUUUACUGUAGUCUCUAAUCUUGUUUAAAUUGUUUUUAUACGGCUUAUUUGUUAUGUAUCAUAUCAUUAAAAUGUAAGUGUAACGUGUAGAUGCUGUAAUAUGAUAUUUUUUUACAUUUAAGGAUCAAUCCAUCUUUUUUUUAUUUUAAGAAAAUGUUUAUUUUCAAAUUGUGUGAAUUCAUUGUUUAAAUUGAGAACAUCUUACAUUACCUAUUUUAAAAAGUAAAAGCAUCAUGAACAAACCGGUUAGCCAAUGUUUUAUUAAUGGACAUUUGAAUGGUAUGAAUCAUAGGACUGGUAAAUACUGUAAUAUGUUCAUUUCAUGAUUUAAAUCUUAAUAAAUAAUGUACCAUUCAUUCAAAAUUAUUGAGACCAUCGUGUGUUUAUGUGAUUAAGUAUUGAUAGGCUUCAGUAAACUGGCGGCUCAUCAUUAUUGAGUUAUUUUACUGUUCUGGUUGACUUUUACUAUUAUCGUGGUG